AUGUCGGCGGAGGCACCGGCUUCAGCACCCUUCGUUGGCCUUCUAUACCUAUUUGUUAGCCUCUUCCCAAUACCUUUUCAGCUACUGGUUAUGUUUGUAAGUUGAAUUUGGAAAUUAAUUUUUUUAUGUUUAGGGGUGGAUUUUAAAUUUUUUUUAAUAUUUUUAAUUUUAAAGGGGUUUUUAGGUAACAAAAUUAAUUUUAAAGCUCAUUUUUGGCUAAAAAAGGUAUUUUAAAGACGGUUUUAGGUAACAAAAUGUUUAAAAAUGUAUUUUAAAGAAGCUUUUAGGUGAGAAAAGUGCUUGAAAAGGAACUUUAGGUAACAAAAAACAUAAAAAACUACUUCAAAACUAAAAAAACUCUAUUUCAGGGCAUUAUAAAAUCCAAACUGGUCCGUUCCCGACCAGCCUACUUCAUAAUGUUCGUACUAUCAGUAGUCGAAACUGGCCAGCUACUAGUUCACGCCUCGACUGGUGGCUUUCUAAUAGCACGUCACGAGAUCCCCGAGACCGUGAACGCUGCCAUGUCACACAUAAUGCUACCCCUAUGGCUGAGUAUGGUAUUCCUGCACGUACACCUCAGCAUGAACCGAGUAUUAGUGAUUACGGUAAACAAAUGCGCUUCGACGGAUGGUUACUGUAGUUACAGUAACUUUUUGACGUUUUUCUGUUGUGUUAUCGGUACGGUAGUGGGUUACGGUUGUCAUGUGGAUCAAAUGAGGUUUCAUCUGUCCAUUAUGGCGUGGGCUUCGAAUCCGGAUUCGUCGUGGCUGGUUACUGCCUUGUAUUACAUACAACUACUAUUGCCGGUGGUGGGGAUUGUGAAUUGCUUGGCGAUUGUUUGUGUUAUCAUGAGAAAGGUUGGUUUUGAAUUUUCAAAUUUUUUAAAAUAAAAUUGUUUUUUUUUGAAAAAAAUGUCAUUGUAAGCACCGGCUAGGGCUAUUAUAGGAUAAAAACUCGCUUUCAAACCAAAAUUUUUUAAAAAUUUUUAAGUAAAAUUAAAAUUUUUAGCGCCGCCGUUUCCAAAACCACUCAAAUAUCAUCGGUUCUACCGAAGUUCGGAUCUUUUUUCAUUCGAGUAUAGCCUUCUUUCUAACGGCCGCCAAUAUCUUCUUAUGGUUUCCACUGAAUCGCCUGUUUGAUAGUGUUAUCAUAAUCAAUGUUCUGGUCAAUUUGGAAUGGAUAUUAAUCUGCGCUUUGCCACCGUUUUUAACAUUGAUUUUUAAUACGUAGGUUAAUUUAAAAUUUAAAAAAUAGUACAGUAGAACUCCUAUACACCAAAUUGCUUAAAGUUUGGGAUAGGGGAGGUCGGUAUAGAGGAGUUCUUCAUUGAGGAGGUCGUUACCGAAGACUUCGAUAUAGAGAAGUUUCACUAUCUAUUAGGUGACGACAGAAAGAACCCGCCAUACUUUUCCUGUAAUUUCCUGUAACAAAUGGCGGGUUAUUUAUGUCGGCACCUAAUAGUGCUAAAGCCCUCGUACUUAGGGCCGCGCGCUGGGGGUGGACGGGGGGGGAGGGGGGGGGGACCCCAAAAAAAAAUUUUCGAAAAAAGUUUGAAGUGGUCCCCCCCCUGUGGAUUUUUUGAAUAAAUUUUUUCGACCCCCGCCUCUAGACCAAAAGUCCCCGUCCGGCCCUGCUCGUACUACUGAAUUACGAUACAGUAAAAAAGACCCAGAUAACCCCGAAUAACUCAAAAAAUUUCAGUGAAAUCAGAGAUACGAUAAUCGAUUCGUUCGGUGAAAAAGCGCGCAUCUUCCUCUUGACGGAUCAUCCCAAACGAAACAACAAAUGUAAAUUACUUGUGAAUAACGGAACGGGAACUCCCGUCUGA